AGGUAAAACAUGAUAUUUUCCCAUUGCACUUAUUUCAGUAUUGCUUACACGGUUUCAGUUGUGCAGUUUCUUUUCCCUAAAUCACAUGAUAUGAAUGCUGGUUCUGACGUGUGUGUGUGCGUGUGCACGCGUGUGUGUGUGUGUGCGUGCGUGCGCGCGCCUGCCCACCAUGUCUAAUGGUGCAGAAGUGGGUAGUUUUUUUUUUGCACUAAGACAAACCACAUCUGCAAAUACACUGUGUUUUUGCCAGCUGCAUGUGUGCUACAUAUCAUGCAUUGCUCAGACACCCUGAGAAAAUAAAUCUCAUUUUAGAUCUUAAUAAAGAUCCCAUUUGUGUGAGAAAAAUCUUAAUAAAUUUUGAAGACUAUAUUAAAAUAAACAUAGAUCAAACUUGUAAACCUGCAGUAGCUUUACAGAGAACAAUUGGUUUGAAAUUGUUGAAUCACAAAAGACUAAUGCCAAAUCAAUCCUAAAUGAGUCUGUGGGUCUCUAUGGGAUUCUCUUACAUCUGGGAUGGAUCUGGGAGCCUGUCUCUCUCUCUCUCUCUCUCUCUCUCUCUCUCUCUCUCUCUCUCUCUCUCUCUCUCUCUCUCUCUCUCUCUCACACACACACACACACACAAUACUUGCAAGUUAUCACUUCCUCUUCUGCUUCAUUCUCAGCAAGCCGAGGCCAAAAUAUAUCAUUGUAUGAUGUGAAAGGUGUUAACACAGAUGUGGAACAAAUCAAAGUCUCACUACAACUUGGAUAUUUCAGUUAAUAUUUGAAUUGUACACAAAGGAACAAGGAACAACAAGCAUGGAUAUUGUGGAAACCUUUUCUUUGGAGACCGAUGAUAGGACGAGUGAGGAGAGGGCUAAGGCCAAGGCAGCAAGGAAGGAUCGUCAAGCAUAUGGAAAGGACAAAGUGCCAAUGGACACUGACCUCCCAGAGGAUCAUAUUGAUUUUUCACGCCAAGUCCGAUACGACCCGAAGUUUUUGGACAAAAUACAAGGGAUAAAAGCCGAAUCAAGUCAGCAUGAUAGGUUUGACAUUAAGAGGCUUUUUGAUGCCGUGUCCAGUGGUGAUGUCACUAGGCUGGAGAGCCUGGAGGACUACCUGCGUAAAACAAACAAGAAGCUGACAAGCAGUGAAUAUCGGCCCAACGGCAAGACAGCCCUGAUGAAAGCUCUGCUAAACUUGAGAAAUGGAGAUAACGCAACAGUGGAGCACUUGCUGGGUAUCGCAGAGAGAAUGGGACAUCUGGAUAAGUUAGUGAAUGCAUCAUAUACAGAUGGCUAUUAUGAAGGACAGACAGCUCUUCAUAUCGCCAUUGAGAGGAGAAACAAGCGCUUUGCUGAGCUGCUCAUUCAGAAAGGGGCAGAUGUCCAUGCAAGGGCCUGUGGGACGUUCUUCCAGCCACUUAGUGAAACAUGCUUCUACUUUGGGGAGUUUCCGCUUUCUCUAGCAGCAUGUACUAAUCAGAAAGACAUAGUGGAUCUGCUGAUGGCAAAAGCAGACGUGAAGCUUAAAGACACUCUGGGGAACACGGUUCUCCAUGCUCUUGUUAUGGUGGCUGAUAACAGCCCUGUAAAUACAGACUUCGUUAUUUCCAUGUACGACUACAUUCUUACCAAAGAUGCUGCUAAGAACCCCGAACAGGAGAGGCUCGAGGACAUUGAGAACAAUCAGGGACUUACAUCCAUCAAGCUGGCUGCGAAGUUAGGAAAGAUUGGGCUGUUUGAACACAUACUUCAUCGUGAGUUCCACCAAGAAGAGUGCAGGCAUCUGUCCCGAAAGUUCACAGAGUGGGCAUAUGGCCCAGUGUAUGCUUCUCUAUAUGACCUGAAGUCUAUAGACACCUAUGAGCCAAACUCUGUCCUGGAGAUUGUUGUUUAUGGUUCAGAUAUACCUAAUCGUCUUGAGAUGAUCCAAAUUGAGCCGCUUAAUAAACUCCUGGAUGACAAAUGGAACAGAUUUGCUCACCGGAUAUUCCUGUUCAAGUUUAUUGUUUAUGUCAUUUAUCUCUUCAUCUUCACAAUUGUUUCUUAUCACCGUGAAGAAGGAGAGCCUAAACCUAAAGCCAGGAUGCCUAGUCCAAAAAAAAAAAAGGGAAACGAUCCUGACGACAACUUAAUGUUCGCCGGACAGAUCAUCAUGGCUAUCGGAUCAAUCUACUUCUUCCUCACUGUGCUGAUGGACAUAAAGCGAAAGCGUCCAAGUCUAAAAACACUGCUGGUAGAUGGCUAUUCUGAGCUGCUUUUUUUAUUUCAGGCUGUGCUCUUUAUGAUUUGUAUGGGGCUGUAUGUCGGUGAGAUGAGGGAGUAUCUUGCCUUCCUGGUGCUCAGUUUGGCUCUGUGCUGGGUGAAUCUGCUCUACUACUCCAGAGGAACUAGACACAUGGGCAUCUACAGUGUUAUGAUUCAACGGAUGAUCCUUAGUGACAUUUUACGCUUCCUCUUCGUCUACAUGGUCUUCCUCUUUGGAUUUUCAGCAGCUGUGGUCACGCUCCUCAAUAAUGACUCGGAUGAAACUGAAUCACAAGAUCAGAAUCAAGCAAGCACACUCAAGAGAAACCACUCGGGGGGACGGUCAUUGUAUAACGAUGCUAGUAACAACUGCAAAAAACCCUCCUUUAAAACCAUCGCCUUCACCACGCUGGAGCUGUUUAAAUUCACUAUAGGCAUGGGCGACCUGGAGUUUACAGAGCAGUACGAGUAUAGACAUAUAUUUUAUGUGCUGCUCAUAACCUACAUUGUGCUUACGUACAUUCUGCUGCUGAACAUGUUGAUUGCUCUGAUGAGCAAGACUGUGGAAAAGAUGUCCAAGGAAAGCACCAAUAUCUGGAAACUACAGCGUGCCAUUACCAUCCUAGAUCUGGAGAGAUAUACAUGUUGUCUGAAGACGAGGUUGCGCUCAGGAGUGAAGAAGAACCUGGGCAAAAAAGAGGAGGACUGGCGGUGGUGUCUCAGAGUGGAAGAAGUCAACUGGAAAAAAUGGAACCACAACCUGGGUAUCAUAAGUGAGGAUCCUGGAGAAUGCAAUACAGUAAUGUUACCGGGACCUCAAAGAGAACCCAGCCGGCGUGGGUUCCUACGUGAAAUCAGCCGACGGACAACCAACACACGUUUGUCAGGGCAGGAGAGACAACCACUGGCAACCACCCCGGUGUAACAAAACUGGGAGCUGUGAAAAAUAUCUUUAAGCCCUGAUUCAAGUUGUAUUUUUUUUCUGGUGUGCUUUAAAGUGGUUAGGUAACCAUUUAUUAUUAUUAUUUAUUACUAUUAGUUAUUAGUUAUCCUAUAAUUACAUUUCUGACACCUUUUCUAUAUAUCACAUAUAGAGCUCAGCAACCAGCAGCUCCCACAUCAUUUCCAGUUUAUAAACUCCAACCAGUAAACCAACCAGUCAAACAGGAGUCUUUCCCUUUUAUAAUCAAUGUUUAAUUAUUUCAUCACAGCCAAUAAAUUGCACAAAAGUUGCACUCUAAUCCAAGAUCUUUGGCUGUAAUGGGGCAUCAUAAAUGUAAAACACAUUCAUCCUAUCAAUAUAUUUACCUAAUAUUGCUUGUUUGUGGCUACAAAAAGGUCAUUUCUGCAACAUUACACAGACCAAUUUACCAGUCCUUAAAAUGUAUGUGAUUGUAUACAAGUUUGCAAAUUGCUUAACUAUAGCUAGCUACCCUUGCUAGUAACCAAACACAGAACAGCUAAUUCCCAAUGUACACAACCUUUUUUAAAUACCUAGGAAUUGGUUUUAAUUCACACAAUGACAUAUGUUUACAUUUCAUUGUGUGAAUUAAAACAUAUUCCUAGGUAUUUUAAAAUAUUUAAAAAGUUGUGUACAUUGGAAUUAGCAUUGGUAUUAGUAAAGGUUAUAACCUUUAA